AUGUAGUUUAUAAUAAUAAAUAAAAAUCCAUUCAUUUAAUAAAGUUAUUUCAAUUAUCACUUUAUUAUGGAAGCAUAAAUCGGAUUUAAAAUAAUGCCCUACUAAGCUCAAAAUAACUCUUAUGACCUUUUUGCUAAGUACUCAUAAGCUGCUUCAGAUUGGAGUGCAAUUUACAUAUAAAAAACACCAUAACACGCUUUAACUUAUAUUUACACAAAAUAUGAACGAUUUAAGGAAGUUUGCUUAAUGAAAUUCAGAUUUAAUUAGAAAAUCAAAUUCAUCCAAUUAGAUAAUGAGAUAUUUUCUAAGUCCAAUCUUUCUUCUGAAAAUAAAGCUUAGAUUUCUAAGGCUAUGUUAUUUAGUAAUUAUGGGAUUUAAAUUGAAUAAAAUUAGCCAUUGAUGGACACGCUAGGAACAUUGAAUAUUGGUUUGAUAAUGGAGGAUUCUGAAAAACAGUAUGAAUACAUUGUGCCUCAUAAUCUAAUGCAAGGUGGGGAGUGCUAUGAAUCAACAAUUCCCAUCAGAUUUCAGAGACAUGAAACAAAAGUAUUUAGAACUGUAAAGUUGAUUAUUAAUGAUGAAUCCAAGGAUGUAGAUAGUAUCUAUUAGGAUAGAAUUCAUGAAAUCCCUAUAAAUUUCCAUAAUUUAUGA